AUGGACUCUCCGAACACACUAGCUGAAGCAAAUCCGACUUGCGGCCUAGCAGUUGAUGCGGGGCAGAUGAAGUGGCCCGUCAUCCAGUCCCGAAGUCCUGCAGAUGCAGACCUCCCCCCCUUUGGACCAUACACGCAGACCCUGAUGGAUAGACGCGGGCGGGAGAACGCAACAACAUCCCACACGCCUAAGAUGGCAGCAAUCCUCAUCACGAUGCCUCAUACAAACAACGCUGCCUCACAUAUCAGAGCAGCAAGUGGCGUACAGCCAAAGAGGCCGGAGGCAACCAACUCACAGCGGCAACUAGAGUGCCCCAUGACAUGUGGCGGCGAAAAGCCUCACUCACUCUCCCAAAUGCCAAGCGCCGGCACACAGAAAGGAGCGGCGGCUGUACGACACUGA